AGGAGGUACACUCUCGUCCACGUCAGCGAAUCCAUCAGUCUUUGGGUCAUGGUGAGUUUGGUUACUGAUGACUCCGCGACGUGAAGUUUCAUUGAGAUCCUGUGUCAAUCCUUGUUUGCUAUUGCGCUUGGUCUUUACCAUGUACCUCGAUGGUGGACGAUCCGUGAUGGCUUCAGGCGGCGAAAAGAAAUCUGUCGGACUGCCCCUGCUUCUGGCGCUAGACGUCCUUGAGAUCGUACCGGAACCGCGUCCACAUCUUGCAGUGGUCUCGGGAGAGUCAAAGGCGUUCGCAUCAAUGAGGUGCGUAGGGAACGCAUGCCGUUGUCGCGAAGGAGGGCGAUCAGGGAGCUCUUUAUUCACUGGAAUGCGAAUUCGUGGUUUUUUGUUCACUCCAGCUGACAAAUUCCUGUACUUACUAGCACGAGACGGCAGUGUAACUCGCGCAGCAACAUGGUUGUAAUGUGGACUUGUAAGCCAGUCCUUCCCAGGAAGAGAGAAACUAUCGGAACACUUCCCAAACUGUAUCGGUUGUGACUCGUCAUUGUCAUGUUCGGCAUCGAGACGUUUGCGAUUGGAUGGCCGGAUGGCAGAAGCUGAAGAGCUCAACACUCGCCUCGCCAUAUUCGGUUCUAAGACACUUGGAGGUUCUGGUCGACGUUUGGUCGUCGAUGCUACCAGUGACGGUGCACCAGCUCCACCUUUACCGUUCGACCGACGCCUAGUGUUUCGCUUCACUUCAGUAUUGUUGUCAACGCCAUUUGUUACUUCACGACGAAGCCGUCGACUAUGGCGAAUCCUCUCGCGAGGUGCUUCAUCAUCGACUUGAGGUACUUCUGGAGCCUGCGCUCGAGGUGUCACCUUGCGAUGCCGUCGACUCUUUCGCUUGACUUUGACUCCACUGGACGAAUACUCACUCGAAGGUGGCACUUUCGCCGUCGAAGAGAGCAGACUCAUGGUGCAAAGAGGAAGGGAUUACUCGGAUUGUGGGGGUCUACCUGUGUGUUUCGUCGGUGGGACGCUAAAUUGGUAAGUCAAGAUCUGCUCGAAUUAGAGUCAACGGCACUUUAUUUCUGUGUUUAAGAAUCUGUGAAGUGGUGGUUCUCAUGUCGAAGAGUGAAGACUGGCAAGAAAAGCGACGUAGGUGGCUAAGAAAUCCGUGUACGAGACGAAUGGCACAGUCGUAGCUGCUGGGAUACGCUUCACUGCAACAUUAUUGCUUGCGAUCAGCCUCGACAGUAAAUAUCGGGUAUUCUCGACGGUGAUCUUUGCAUUGCACGUGCUGCUGUUGCCCCGCACACGAGACGAUUUUGUAGUCCACUCAUUUUUACUAGAACAAGAGAAUGGAUAAGUCAAAAGUUUCACCAUGCGACAACGU